AUGCCCCGAGAUUGUGCACCGUCGCGGCUCCAGACCGGGCGGGUUCCUCAACCAGUCGACCUCGACGCGCCCACAACACAUUGCGGCGGGGUUUCCUUCUUUGAGAAAGUUCUGAACCAGAGGAGCCGCGCGGUGCGGGCGGGCGGAGAGCCGGAGGCCCUCGCUGCUGCAGCUCAAUUCGUAUUGAAAAUGUCUGGGCAGGCUGGACGUGUGGGCGUGAGUAUGUGGGAAUCCUUGUUCGGAAUGGGAAAGGUGCUUUACUCUAACUCUGUUUACUCUACUGCAAUAGUAAUUUUACCUCUGCUGCUGUGCAUUAGGAACGAUGCUGCUACUGUCAUGCUUUCUGGACAAUUGGCAGAUGGCUUCACAACAAUCUUUGUUGGGGAAUUGAUGGAUCGCUUUGGGCAUUUCAAACUGUGGCAUGCAGGAGGAUCUAUUUUAGUGGCAAUUUCCUUCUCGUCUGUUUUUGGUAGCUGUGUUCCUUGCAAACUUAUGGGAACUAAUUCAUCUACUUUGGAGACUGUUGGAUACAGCACAUUUGCCGCUAUUUUUAAUGUUGGUUGGGCAGUUACUCAAGUCGCUCACAUGUCUAUGGUAAACUGCAUGUCAUCAAAUCCAACUAGCCGGGUUUCACUUGUAAGCUGUCGUAAUGCCUUCACGAUGGUUGCAAAUCUUUGCCUGUAUGGCAUUGCUUUGUUGAUAUUUACUCUAUUGCAGUCAGUGAACGUACUAGUUCAGUAUCGUUGGAUUGCUUAUGUGUCCAUUUCCCUCGGAUGUUGCUUUGUUGUCAUCUUCUUGGUUGGAACCAAAGAGCCUGGAUCAAUCCGGCCCUGCAUGGAUAAGAAUCUUUCCAGAAUUUCAUGGGCCUACUGGUUCAAGAAAGUAUUGUACUACCAAGUUGCUCUAGUCUACACUCUGACUAGAUUGGUGACCAAUGUUUCACAGGCAUUUCUCGCUUUCUAUGUAAUAAAUGAUUUAGAAAUGAAUCAAUACUCCAAAGCAUUGGUACCUGCUAUUAUCUACAUCUGCAGUUUGAUAGUAUCUGUAAUAUUACAGGAGACUAGAUGGUCAAGUUGGCGUCUUAAGCUUUACUUUUCAGCUGGAGCAGUGCUUUGGAUAUUGUCAGGUCUUGGAAUUGUUUUUCUACCGAGCAGAAUGCACAACCUCAUGUAUGCCAUUUCAACCAUAAUAGGAGCUGCGAAUGCACUUAUGACAGUGACAAGUAUUAGCAUGGAAGGUGUUUUAGUAGGAGAAGAUCUAAAUGGUUGUGCUUUUGUGUAUGGCUCAUUAAGUUUUGUUGACAAAGUUUCAUGUGGAGUAGCUCUGUAUGUUCUUGAGUCCUAUCAAGGAUCAAAUUUAGGAACAGCAUUUGGCUAUUCAGUUACAAGACUUGGCUUGGGCUUAGUUCCAGCUGUCUGUUCACUGCUUUCAGCAAUAGUAGCUUAUACCAUGGACCUCCCUGAUACUCGGUGGAGACCUUUGGUGGAGCCCCUUCUAGCAUAA